GGCAAAGAAGAGACUGGAGCUUGAAGGAGGGGCGAGGGUCUAACUGUUGUCUUCCGGCACAUUCCAAGUGUAAAAAGUUCGUCUUCUGGCUGAUUGUAUUCAGUUUGUUUUUUUACCCAUUUCAUUGUCUCUAAUAAUGUUCGAAUUUUGGAUGUUUUUGGAUUAACGUGGGAAAGUACCAAAGUGCGCCAUGUAGCGCAUGAAAGAAUGGAGUGUGGACAUUUUAAGAAAACACCUGAGUGAGUGGGAAGAACCUGAAACUAUUUGUGCGCUACCGACUCGUAAUCUAACUAAACACUGGAUUUUGGACGCGUGUUUUGAAUGUAGCAUACCUAAUCGGCUACAAUGAGUGAGGAGAAUACAGACAUUUCUAGGGAAUUAAUGGAGAGUGUGAGAGAUGCUGUCGGUAAGAAGAUCAACCUCUCUCUCAGGAAGAGGGUCAGUGUGGAGGUCAAAGGAGACAAGCUGGAGAAGCGCAUUCUAGCAUUGGCUUCUCAUCGGGCCUACCUUCUUACUGCACGAGUGCCCUCCAAGGUUGAGCAGUCUUUCAACUAUCUGGACAUUCAAAGCAUCAGCAGUUUCAAGCCAGAUCAGCUGGUGGUGAAGCAUGAGCGCGGCCUGGUGUCCUUCAAGCUGGCCAGCGCUGAGGAGGUGGACGAGGUGGUGGCCCAAGUGGGCCGUGGUCUCCAGAGGAUAUGCCCCAGUCUGUCUCCAGGGGAGGUCAUGAAGAAAGUGUCUCUGAAGCCAGAGGACAGGAUGACUGCCCUUCUCUCUAAGUGGGAAGACCAGCUGCCUGUCGACUGCGGGCCGUGUGGUGGAUUUUCGCACACAUACUGGUGUAUGUGUGAUCAGUUGGGUCUUCCGUACAGAGAUGAAGUGCAGUGGGACGUAGAUACAAUAUACCUAACCCAAGACACAAGGGAACUGAAUCUGCAAGAUUUUAUUCAUCUAGAGAACAGAGAUUUGGUUAUCAUCGUCGCUGCUCUGGAAUACAACCAGUGGUUCACUAAGCUCUCUGUGAAGGAUUACAAACUGUCUACAGACCUUUGUGAGCAGAUUCUCCGAGUUGUGUCACGCUCAGUGCGACUUGAGGAGCUAGUCUUGGACAAUGCCAGUCUCAAAGCAGAUUUUGCACAGAAGCUGGCCAUUGCUCUCAGCCACAACCCCAAAUCCGCUCUCCACACCCUCAACCUGGCCAACAACUCACUGGAGGACAAAGGCAUUGCUGCUCUUAGUUCUCCUCUGGCCAAACAAACACGGCUCAAGUAUUUGAAUCUUUCAAGGAACUCACUGUCAUCCAAAGGAGUGAACAUUCUUGCACAGUCUCUCAUUGCCAAUCCUUCCAUGGCCAGCACACUGACACACCUGGACCUGUCUGGGAAUGCACUUCGGGGGGACGAUCUUGCAAAUCUCUGCAAUUUCUUGGGUCAGUCAAAUAGCCUACAAACACUGGAUCUGUCUAAUAGCGACUGCCCUCUUGAAUUAAUAUGCUCUUCGCUGCUUCGGGGAUGUCUCAAGAAUCUUUCAGUUCUCAACAUGUGUAAAAGUGUUUUUUCUCAUAGGAAGGGGAAAGACAUCCCACCCUCUUUUAAGCAGUUCUUCAACAGUGCAUUAGCACUGAGCACCAUCAACCUGUCAGGCACAAAGUUACCCCCAGAGGCACUGAAAGCCCUUCUGCUCGGGAUUGCCAGUAACACCAACCUCAAAGAGGUCUCGCUGGAUCUGAGCAACUCCGAGCUGAGGUCAGCCGGUUCUCAGAUCAUGGAGGGCUGCAUUGCUGAGAUCACCAACAUUUCUAGCCUGGACAUCUCGGAUAACAGCUUUGACACAGACCUUACCACCCUUCUGGUGUGGUUAGCAAAGAACCGCUCCAUACGACACCUGUCCCUGGGCAAGAACUUCAACAACAUCAAGUCCAAGAAUUUGGGCCAGGUCUUAAGCAACUUGGUGCACAUGAUUCAGGAAGAAGAGUCUCCCCUAACGUCCCUCUCUCUGGCUGACUCAAAGCUAAAGGGUGACCUCUCCAUUGUUCUCAAUGCACUGGGCAGUAACACCAGUCUAACCAAACUGGAUAUUAGUGGCAAUGGGAUGGGCGACAUGGGUGCCAAAAUGUUGGCCAAGGCUUUGCAAAUCAACACCAAGCUAAGGACUGUUGUGUGGGACAAGAACAGCGUGAGCCCACAAGGCUUACAGGAUGUUGCAGCUGCCCUAGAGAAAAACUACACCAUCCGCUUCAUGCCAAUGCCCAUCAUAGAUGCUGCCCAGGCACUAAAGGCCAGCCCAGAUAAGACAGAGGAUGCUCUUCUGAAGAUGGAGCAGUAUCUUCUGAGGAAUCAUGAGACGCGCAAAUACCUCCAGGAACAGGCCUACCGACUCCAGCAAGGCAUUGUCACGACAACCACUCACCAGAUGAUUGAGAGAAUGUGUGUGAAGGUUCAGGACCACCUGAACUCUCUGAGGUACUCUGAGAUUGACCCCAUCCAGGAGGACAUGAGGGUAGCUGAGAAGCUCCUGAAGGAUGCCAGGAACUCCAAAACGUUACUGCCUAACAUGUACCACUUAACGACGUCUCGAAAUGAAGAGAUUGCGGAAGGCCCUUGUAUCGGUCCCAUUCAGGACAAGCUACAGUCUAUGGCAGGAGAGGUCACCGGAGUCAUGGAACAACAACUACAGAACCUGCUGCAGUCCAUGGUGGAUGCAGCGGAGAGUCUCUGCCCUAACGUUAUGAAGAAACCCAACCUGAGGCAGAAGCUCGUACGAGCCAGUGCCAGCAAAAUGGCCGUACCAAGGGACUUUGUCUCAACCACCUUACUGGAACAGUCUGCUGUAGACAUAAUCAACAAGAUCAGUGAAGUGAAGCUCAGUAUGGCAUCCUUCCUCUCGGACCAAAUCGAAGAUGAGAUUUUAGAAGCUCUGUCCCAUUCUCAACAAACCCUGUCGGAGCAUCUGAACAGACGAGCGCAGCCCCUGCUGCACCACGACUCCCAGGAGACGGAGGUGUUGGAGGAGAGCAUCUUGCAGCCAGAGAGCCACAGCUCCGAGACCGAGGAGAUGGAGGAUCUGGACUCCUGCUUGCUGACACCCAAAUCUAAGAGGAAAAGUAUUCUUUACAGGAUGCUAAGGCCCAUCUCUGUCGCCUUUGAAAUGGAGUUUGAUUUAGACAAGGCCUUGGAGGACGUCCCGAUUCAUGUGGAGGACCCACCAUUACCCCCGCCGCCUCACCCCAAGCUGGAGAAGAAGCCGUCCGGGGUCUUUGGGGACCUGCCUUCGGCAGAGGUCACCAGCCUCCAGCACAUCACCAAGCUCCGGCCGAAGAAGAACAAGAUGACCAAGCCCAGCAGAGCCCCAGCCACAGCCAGCAGCCCAGCCCUAGAGGUUGAUCAGAAUGGAGUUGUGGUGAAGGUGGAUGAGGGGAUGGACGAUUUCUUCUCCAAGAAGGUCACCAAGCUCAGUUUUAAGCGCCUCACACAGAAGAGUAGCCCAUCUCUGCAGGAUGGCGACAGGAAGCGCGAGUCCCGGAUGAGCGGCCUCUUCAACCGCAUCAAGCCACGCUCCAAGUUGGAGAAGAGUCACGCGGCUUCGGCGACGCCCACCACCCCUCAGCACACGCCUGUCCUCAGUCCCACUACCACCGCCACACCGCUGCCCCCUGCUCCCACACCCGACCCAGAGGAACCCACACCGCCCAGGCCUCCGGUCAAAACCGCCAUCCUUCCUCCUGUGCCCGAGCCCGACUUCAUCUUCACACCCGCUGACCCUGAGCAUCCAGAGGAGCCCGUGACCUCCGACCCCAAGGAGGCAGAGGCCACGAGGAAGCACAGCCCUCUGAUGGGACGCCACAUGGGCGUGCAGGUGAUGGGCAACGACUUCCUAGCAGAGAUGAGAGCCAAGCAGGAGCGGAAGGCCGCUGCCACUAUGAAAGUUAGUGAACCCUCUUCUCCAGAAAAGACAGAGUUGACUGAAGCACAGGGUCCUACUCCUCCUCCCACCUCAGCCAAACCCAGCAUCGGCGUCCCAAAGCCCCCCAUCCAGAACACCAAGUCUGCCCUUGGCCCUCGCACCUCUGGACCCCUCAAGACCCGCACCAACAGCAGCAGGAGCAUCGAUGACAGUCCGGAUUCUCCCAGUGGUGGCUCGUCUCCAAAAAUGCCAAGUCUUACCCAGGUGCCUGUACCUGCCCAGCGCCACAAGAGGGCACCCUCCGACACUGAGCGAGAGAAUGUGACCAGUCCACCACCUGAAGACCCUGACAGCAGGGAGUUUCCCUCUGAGAUAGCUGGAGACAGCAGUGUAUUCGAUGGAGACCUGGACUCUGCUCCAGUAAAACACUCAUCCUCCCUUCGCUGCUCAACCAAUCCUGUUGUGGAAGCAGAUGAGCACCAGCGAAUCAAGUCCCUCCCCACACCUGUGAAAUUGUUCCCAGAGGAUGACCCAGUCCCCAGUCCUGGUCUGCCUCCCCCUCCCCUUGACCUGCCUGAACCCAUCCCAGAGGACCAGACCCCAGACCCAGACGCCAGCGCAUAGACGCCUGCCUCCUCCUCCUCACCACAGACCAGACAAAUGAAGAUGACUCCUCUGACAAAGAGACUCAUAGGAGUUUUGACUCUUCCCUCUCCUGCCAUUUUUUUUCUUCAGUACAACAUUUUUAUGUACGUUUCCUAUCAUUAUGGGCACACACUACACAAAAGUGCGGGACCAGGGUUGUGUUCUCAUUUCAGAGGAGACUGAAAGAGUCUUUGGUAUGUUAGUGCUCAUGAUUAUGACCGUAUACCUUGCAGAGUCUAACAGGGAUCGAUAGCAACUGUAAUCCUGUUUUUGUCCCCUGGUGGUUCUUGUAGUGAACUACAGACAAUAAACAGCGAUGAGUUGGGGAGGUCGGUGUACAGUGGUGACUGGGCAUUUCACUUUGCCUUUUCAUGUCUUUAUCCUCUGGUAAGUCAGCUUAUCAAGGGAGUUUUUCUUAGUUGCAUUAGUUGAGAAUAAAUCAGCUAUUAAUGCCAAAUAGUCUUAUGGUGUAAAGUAUGUUUCUGUAUAUGUGCAAUAUAUGUUAAUUCAAUGUAUGAGCUAUACCCUCAGUUAUGUUUCACUAUAUAUGUGUUAAAGUCUUGAGGUUAAAUAGUUGGUGGAUAUUUUGUUAAGCAUGUAUAAAUGGGUACAUGGUGAUGGUUUUCUGCACCUUUGUGUAGUUUUUUAAAAGUAAAAUGCAAUUACUAAUACUACAGUUAUUUAUCACUGAUUAUUAAUGUGUAAACAAACACAUUAGACAAGAUUUUUUUUUCUUUUUUUUGCAAGAUUGCAAGACUGACCUUUCUCUAGAUAAGUGUUCUCUUUUUGUUCAGAUUACUUUUUCAUACAUCUUUGCACUGCUCUUAGUUGUCCAUAUCUUAUACAAUAUGUAUAUUUGUGCCAAUAAAAUAUUCUACACAAA